CUUAAUUCUUAAAACUAUUUAUCUUUAAAAUAGGAUUUAGUGGUGAGUCACACUCUCUUUAAGGUUCCCUUUGUGAUUGUUUGUGUGGCUUGAUCUGUCCCUGUGUGCUCUCAGUUCAGCCUUGUGGUUUCUGUAGUUCAGCAUUUGUGGAUUAUUGAGAGCAUUCUCUGUCUCUCUCUUUCGCUUGCUUUUCUCCCCUACUGUCGAGCACUGGGCUGUUUCUUUGGAAACCCCCAGAGGACUUUAAUAGCUUGGUCACAGACUGUUUGCAGGGAGAGGUCCACACUGUCAGUGCUGAGACAUAUGAAGCUGACAUCCACUGACAGUGCAUCCAAUUGCUGGGGAUCAACACUCAUUGGACAUACAGUACUUUAUUUCCUUGCUGUCUGGAUGCACUCAUCAGAUUUGGUUCCAAAGUAACAAUAUAGUAGAGACCUCAGUGUUUCCAGUGUGGCUCUGACAUGAAGCCAAUUGAAAUCUGAGCAAGUUAUUACUGACUUCUCGUUUGAGCUCGGCGACUGAAGGGGACAAGGUCUUUGCAGCUUCAGUAACAUGCUGCAUGUACAUCAGUAACAGUGCUGAAGCACCUCUUGGAUCCCUGUGGCACAAUAGCCUUGAAGUACUGCCAAUCAUCGCAAGAACUGUCUCUGUGGAUAGAAUCCUGGCAUCUAUGAAUCCUCCUGAUGGCUACCCUUGGGAUAGUUGUUAGCUUUGCCAAUCUUACAGAUCCAUUCCUUGGAUGGUCUAAUUCAACGGAUCUCAAACCUCCACGCAACUAUUAUGCUCUAUUUUUUUCCCUGCUCAUCUUUGUGAUUGUUUUUGGGAAUGUUCUGGUGUGUCUUGCAGUGCUCAGGGAAAAGACUUUGCAAACAACCACAAACUAUCUUGUGGUCAGCUUGGCAGUGGCAGACCUGCUGGUUGCAACCCUGGUGAUGCCAUGGGUAGUGUACUUGGAGGUGGUUGGAAAUUGGAUGUUCAGUCGAACAAGCUGCAACGUUUUUGUGACACUUGAUGUCAUGAUGUGUACAGCAAGUAUUUUAAACCUCUGUGCCAUCAGUAUUGACAGGUACACAGCUGUGGUAAUGCCGGUACAAUAUAACACCAGUUACUUCUCCAGGACACGGGUGACUCUAAUGAUCUGUGGUGUAUGGAUAUUGGCGUUCGCAGUUUCUUGUCCUCUUCUGUUUGGUUUCAAUACGACAGAUGACCCACAGUUAUGUUCCAUAUCCAAUCCAGACUUUGUCGUGUAUUCAUCCAUAGUAUCCUUCUACCUGCCAUUUUUUGUUACACUGCUGGUUUAUGCACGUAUUUAUGUGGUACUAAAGAGGAGGAGGAAACGAAUCAACUCAAGGCAAAAUAGCAACGCUAUGAGUCCAGAGAAUUUCAUUCAGACCAAAGUACUACAGGAGAAGUGGAUGAAUGUGAAUCAAAUCAAAACUGUAACAACAGAAGAACAGCAUAAUACCUUGUCCCUGCUGAAAGCUCAAAGUGAUAUCCAAGAAGACUGUUUUCAUGCAACCUUACAUCCAUUCACUUGCCUGAAAUUGAACAAGCAGAAGGACCUUUCUUCAAAGACUGAGACAAUAACUCCAGUUGAGAUACCAAAUUAUUACAGUGUCAGCCAAACUUCAAUUGCAAAAACAGAGAAUGGAAUUGCGGAAACAGAGAGAAAGAGCAAUUGUGCAAUGGUAAGACAUGCUUCCGAAGUGAAACAAUUACCUGGUGGAAAAACCAGGACCUCGCUGAAACCCAUAUUGAUGCGCAGAAGUCUGCAACUUAGAGAAAGAAAAGCAACUCGCAUGUUGGCAAUUGUUCUGGGUGUAUUCCUGAUAUGCUGGUUGCCGUUUUUUAUCAUACAUAUACUGAAUACCCACUGCAAGCAAUGUUAUAUAUCCCCAGAACUCUACAGUGCUUCUACCUGGCUUGGAUAUGUCAACAGUGCAGUCAAUCCCAUCAUAUACACCACCUUCAAUACUGAGUUCAGGAGAGCUUUCCUUAGGAUUUUGACCUGCCGAUUGAGGCCAUAAUAAUGCAGGAUUGUGGAGUAGGAAUUUAAUGUGCAUGUCCAUUUCAUCUUCCCUGAACCCCACAGGAAAUGUGUUGGUAUAAAAGAAGUCCAUUCCAUAUUGUAUUGGUAGAAUUGUUCUCUUAAGAUUUUGGUCGUGUAUUUUGUCAUUAUCAAUAAAAUUGUUCCAGGUUU